UUUAUCUAGUGACAGGCUUUGUUCACCUAUCUUGUUCGUGAACUACUGAUACAGUCUACUACACGGCUAGCCAGGCUGCAUACCCGCUCACUCUUCAACCCGCAGUUCAAUCGUGCAAGUAUUAGCCAGACGAGAUUCUACUUGACUGACAAAGAAAGGAAAAUUUGACUACUGUUGACGAUCCUAAAUUCCUCAAAAAGGCCAUGCCUAAACCCACUAAACUUCCCAAGCAUGUUAUGUCGUCGCUGCGAAAAGCACCUCCGGCUGUUUUGCCACUUCCAUCAGAAAAACUUCUAUCUCCGUGCAACCGUGCUCUUGAGUCCCUUGAGACUCUCAUCAAUACUCUUCCUGAUAGCAUUUCCAUUAUCACCGACAAUGCUUCCCCCAUAACUCGCUGGAUAAAAUAUUUCCUCCGUGUUGCCGCCAUGUCUAUUGAUCAAAAUGUUUACUCAAAUCUAUUCGACAAUCUAGCACUUUCGCUCAAAGCAAUCUUCCAAUUACUCGUCUGUCUUUUGGAUUCUGAAUCCCAACCUGAAAAUGCACUGUUCGUUUCGGGGAUCAAAGAAACUCGCUCUAUAACCGAAUAUGCCCAGAUUUUUGCCUCUCUCUGGUUUUUUUGCUUGACAAAAGCAGAUAAUGAUAUCUUUCGUGAUGCGCAUCUGACACAAAGGUCACUUAUUGCUCCUUUGGGUGAGGAGUUCCACGGUAAAUUUGUGUCCGCUCUUCCUCUGGAAACCAUCCCCACUUGUCUUUCGAAUCUUACUCGAGUUCUCGCGUCGUCCCCGACCCAGACCAUAUAUGAUCUGGGCGUAGAUCUGUACUAUGUCAAUGACCUUACACAAUAUGUCUGCCUAAUCGCAUCCGACUUCAUGGGUAAACACGCACCGGUAGCUCGGAAUACGGCAAUUAUACCUUUGAUCUCAGCCCUCAAAUUCCUUGAGUACCCUUCUUCAUCGCACCCCUCAAAGGUGUCGAAACUAGAAGCGAGAAUGAAGAAAGCUUAUCUGGAGAGUAUCAAGUGGUGUUUGAUCGCAAUUGCAGACACCCUUGAUGGAGAUUCGGCAGGCGCAUAUGCACAAGCCCAUGAGUAUUGGUCUAAUGUACAUGACAGCCUCAUAGAUCUGCCGGUCGCAAUGCUGGAGAAGAUGAAUCGAUUUUCGAUACAUCGCUCAGUUGGCAGAGGUAUCGUGAAAGGAGUGGAGGAGGUUUUGAAGGAAGGAAUCGAUGUACCCCGUGAGCUCGGCAUGCGUGAUCAUUGGGUAAAACUGCAGAGGCUUGCAGAAAGUGGUGUAUUCAAAGAAAGAGAGAAGGUUUUUAAGGAUUCAUUGAAAGCUUAUUCCUUGUGCAGAAAUGGAAAGUGUCCAAAGAAAAGAAUGGACAUACCAAUGCUCUGUUCGGGAUGCCAGCUAGCUUGUUACUGUUCCGCAAAGUGCCAGAAAGCUCAUUGGCCGGAGCAUAAAGAAUCUUGUCGGUCUACAAGUAAAGUCCUCAAAGAUUCCACCCGAUCUCUUGCCUCCGCGACCAUCAUUGACCAAGAAUAUUUUGGUGCAGUCAUCGAACAAGACAGUGUUCUUCUGAGCGUUGAACUCAAAGAAGCAUUGAAUGCAUAUCUUUCUGCAAACCCUGAGCUCUUGCCAACUUUCGAACAACUGACGGUAGAACUUAAAUAUGAUCAGACGCCACCGUCGAUAAACAUCAGAAGAAGGAAUGAAAGCGAUCAUACGUGCAUAGGUGGUGAAGGAGGCAAAUCUUUGAGAAAUGCUCCGUACAUCUUGAAGGGUAUCAUACCAGUGGGGAGUAUGUAUAGAGACAUGGAGAUGGUAUUUCAAAUGCAUUUUGAAUUUCCGCGAGGGAGAGCUAUGUAACGAAAACAUUCAGGACCACGCAUUUCCUGAAAACUAUUCAUUUUUUUUCGCAAGAAAUCGCAACGAAACCUCUUGUGUGUGCUUAAACUUCAUUGAAUACUAUACACUCUAUGUAUGUAGAUGAUAUUUCGUUGGUGUAACCGAUCAUGUAUGCUUUCGGAAACGAGUUGUAUAUUCGUCCGUUCGACGUUUUUGAGAGGGAACACAUUUUCCCGUCGGAAAUCAGAAGAGAUAGAUAGAUAGAUAGAUAGAGAGUUUGAAUAAUCGAUGUUCGAAAAUAUGUUUAAAGUCGGGUGGGAAAAAAGCGACUGUACGGCUUAUCAGCCCAAGAGGUGAGGGAGAUUCAGAUCGGGUACACGAUUCUCA